UGAUAAAACAUAUGAUUUGAAAGACGACUUCAUUGAAUAAAAAAUGUGUUUUUAUUGUUAUAUUAAUUGAUUGUAUUAUUUGUUUGAUUUAAUCACUCAUUAGUAUCGCUGGUAAUCAUAAUCAUUGACAACAACAACAAAAAUGAGUGAAAAGAGGCCAUUAAGUGAUGAAGAGGUCGAUGACACCGAUGAAGAGCACGACAUUCCCGAUGCGUUGACAGGAAGUGUUGUACCGAAAGACAAACUCUUUAGACCCAAACUAUUCAAGAACUCGAAGGACUCAUCCAAACGGUUGAUCGUUAUCUUAGAGAAGUGUAAUCUGGAGAUCGUUAAGACGUUCAAAAACUUUGAGCUCUUGAACUGUGAUCAACACAUGUCUCAGAUUCGCAAAUACAAGAAGGAUCCGGCCUUUUGUCGGCCAGACAUUACCCAUCAGUGUCUUCUCAUGUUGUUUGACAGUCCUCUCAAUAGGGCCGGCCUUUUGCAGGUCUAUAUGCAUACCGAUCGUAAUGUGUUGAUUGAGAUUAGUCCACAAACACGCUUUCCGCGGACAUUCACCCGAUUCGCUAAUCUUAUGGUUCAAUUGUUACAUAAACUGAGUAUUAGGUCAUCAAAUGGACCACAAAAGUUGCUUAAAGUGAUCAAAAACCCGAUUACAUCACAUUUACCGGUUGGCUGUAAAAAGUAUGGAACCAGUUUUAAGGCCGACAAAGUGAUUCAUCCGCGGGAAUUAGUGCCCAGUGAUGACUCGCCAGUAGCUAUAGUUAUCGGUGCUAUGGCUCACGGAAUGGUCGACGCCGAUUACAUGGAAGAGUCAGUUUCCAUAAGUGAAUAUCCGUUGUCAGCGGCAUUGGCGGCCACUAAGAUAUGUUCGGCUUUCGAAGAGGUCUGGAAUAUACACUGAAAAAGCACAAUAUUUUUCAUACCAAUCCAUGCUUUUUACUCAUAAGUGUUUAAUUUUAAAUAUUUGCGUACUA